CCAUGUGACCAAACAGUUCAUUUUCAAGAUGGCGGUGUUCCUAGCUGUCCCACUGAAGCAGACUCAGGAAGUGGAACUUGUUAAACCAUUGAGGACAUUUAUUCAGAACACUUUCACCAAAGCAGAUCCAGAUGAUUAUAACCAAGCGCUAAAUGAAUUUAGCAAAUUACGAAAUUUAAUGAUAUCGAAAUCAGUGGACAAACAUGAAUCAGCGCUGGAAGUCCUCUACCGGUAUUAUGAUCAGCUUGUUGCUAUAGAAGAUAAAUUACCCAUCGCAGAAAACCAGAUCAGAGUCCAGUUCAAAUGGAGGGAUGCUUUCGACAAGGAAUCCUUGUUUUCAGGGAAAAGAAUUUUGGCUAUAGCGUCAGGCAGUUACGAGAAGGUGUGUAUGUUAUUCAACAUCGCAGCUCUACAGACGCAGAUCGCAGAAGUACAGAACCAUGAUAGUGAUGAGGGCCUCAAAACCUCGGCCAAGUACUUCCAGCAAGCGGCUGGAAUAUAUGGUCACAUGAAGGACGUAGUGUUGUCCCAUGUCCAACAGGAUCCAACCCCAGACCUGAAUCCGGACACACUCAAUGCCUUGGUAGCCCUUAUGUUGGCCCAGGCUCAGGAGGCUAUCUACAGGAAAGCAGCUUCUGACAAGAUGAAGGAAUCUAUGGUGGCUAAGAUAGCUUUCCAGCUGUCCGACCUUUUUGCUGAUGCCAUGAAGCUCAUGCAACUAAACUCUCUUAGAGAGUUGUGGCCCAAGGAUUGGAUAGCCACAACGGUGAUGAAGCAAGCAGCCUUCCACGGGAUGGCUGAGUAUUACCAGAGCUGUGUGGCAGCCGAGAAGAAAUGUUACGGUGAACAGAUCAGCAGGCUUCAGCAUGCUAAUGAACUGUUAUGUGCGUCCCAGACGAGAGGAGGGAGUGUGUUCUGCUUUAAGAAUGAGCUGGCUCGCGUCAAUCGAGACCUGCAGGCAGCCAAGAAAGACAAUGAUUUUAUUUAUCAUGACAAAAUACCGGACGUGAAAGCCUUGCCCAGCAUCGGCAAGGCAGCCAUUGCAAAACCUAGCCCCUUCACAAAUAAACCAAUGAGUGAAAGAUUUACCGAUCUGUUUAGCAAACUGGUACCCAUCCCCGUGUUUGAGGCAAUGACAGCGUUUGACAACAGGAAGGGACUUAUCGUCAAUGCUGAGAUUGGCAGGUUAAGAGAAAGCACACAGCUCAUGAACAGUGUUCUAGCAUCCUUAAACCUGCCUGCUGCUAUUGAGGACUUAUCUGGUAACAAGGUUCCACAGUCUGUGCUGGACAAGGCUGCUCAGAUUAAAAAUGAGGGAGGCAUGCAGUAUAUUGACAAGUUGAUGAGGGAUCUUCCUGAACUUUUACAGCGUAACCGGGAAAUCCUGGAUGAGGCUACACGGGAAUUGGAAGAAGAAGAAUCGUCGGACAAGAAACUACGUGAACAGUUUAAGGAAAAGUGGUCUCGGACGCCAUCUGACAAACUGACAAACACAUUAAAGGAAGAGUGUGCCAAAUACAAGAGCAUCCUGGACGCCGCCAUUGGAGCUGAUCGUAUAGUACAGGAGAAAUAUUCCAAACACAAAGAGGCCAUUGCUUUACUCUCCAAACCACAGGCUGAGCUUGAGAAGUCGAUUCCUUCGUCUGGAGCAGGGAGUGGUCAGCAGAGUAGCCAGGCAGUCCAGAGUCUGAGACAGAUGAUGGAAGAAGUGGAGACUAUGAAGGCCGAACGUGAUGUCAUGGAGGCCGAAAUAAAGGAUGCUAUGUUUGAUAUGACGGGUAAGUUCAUGGCAGCCAUGGCAUCGGACGGCCUUGUCAAUGAGGAGUCGUUAUCAGUGGGGGAACUGGACCGGAUUUAUGGCCCACUACGUCAGCAGGUUACGACCAGUGUCCAAAAUCAAGAUUUACUUAUGGGCAAAAUACAGAAUGCCAACACCCAGUUCUGUCACGAGAAGGCGUCUAGUCAGGGUGGUGCCCAGCGCGAGUCCCUCUUGAAGGACCUUGCCUCGGGCUUUGACAUGUACAUGCAGCUCAAAGGCAACUUGGAGGAAGGAACAAAGUUUUAUAACGAUCUUACCCCACUUCUGGUGAAACUCCAAAGCAAGAUCCACGAUUUCUGUUUUGCACGGAAAACAGAGAAAGACGAACUAAUGGCCGACUUACAGAGAUCUAUAGUAAAACAACCCUCUGCUGCAGCACCAGCAGCUCCUAGCUACCAACAACCAACCAGUACAGACACGUCCACGAGUCGAGUUCCACCCCCACGCCCUCCCCCUCCCUCGUUCUCGUCAGCCCCGACACAGCCGCCGGCCACAGCACCCAUGGGUACCCAGCCCAGUGGUCCUUCAGCACCUCCCGCCCAACCUCCAUCACAAAACUACAAUCAGCCUGGUGGUUGGAAUGCGCCCCCUUAUGGUGGUGGACAACAACCAGACAUGAACAGGUCUAUGCCUGCCAUGCCCUCUGGCUUCAACCCCUACAAUCCUUAUAUGGGACAGCAGUAUCAACCCCCUCCGUAUUCCGGACAACAACAGCAGUACCCAGGUCAACAACAAUACCCAGGACAACAACAACAACAAUACCCAGGUCAACAACAACAACAAUACCCAGGACAACAACAACAAUUUCCUGGAGGACAGCCACCGUAUCCACAACAACAACAACAACAACAGUAUCCAGGACAACAACAAUACCCCGGAUACCCUAACCAACAACCUGGCCAGCCGCCCUACCCCCAGAACACCCAGUGGAGAUAGGGAUAAGUGUCCUGUACCAAUGUGAUAGGUUGACUUUAUAGAAACUCUCGCCUGAUUAACUACAGACUCCUGACCUGCUGUUGCUAGAGUAAUGGAAACACCACAGGAGGAAAAGAUUAGUGCUUUUUUGUGAUAGGUUGACUCGGACUUGCACCUUACAGAAUACUGGUCGCCCUCUACAGAUGAUCAGGAGAAUUGUCUGUGGAGUUAUCUCCCCUGCAUCAUUUCUCUCAAUAGAUCUCCCCUGCAUCAUUUCUCUCAAUAGAGCUCUAUUUUAAGAGUUCUAUUGCCUUUAUAGUAGUUUAUCUCGCUUCAGAUUUUAUUUCUGAAUUCAAGUCUAGUUGUUUGAAAAGGUUAUUCAAUAAUGUAACCCUCGAUACCUGUGGAUACCAUAACAUGUAAUAAUCCAUUCGGAACUCCUCGGGAGAAAUCUACUAUUACUAUGUAAUUUGGCGAUAAUACCAAAUGAGUUCAGGAUGGUGCUUAUCAUAACUAAAUUAUGGAAUUCACUUUACAUUUUGAUGGUUAUGGAUAUUUUAGCAAACCUAACAGUUAUAUAUAGUAACGAGCUGGAGAAAUACCAGACAUCCUAUUUAUGAUUUGUACUUAAACAAAUACAAACUUUUAGUGGCGUUAUUAUGGUAAUCAAUACACAAAUAACUAUUUUUCCUACUAAGUUAGGACGCAUUAUGAUCUUUGAAGAUUUAUCAUACUAUAUUUUGUGACUUGUAAAUGAACACGAUGAAAAAGUCCAAUGGAUUUGUGAUUUUUGUGAUUAUUUAAACUCUUGAUACACCGGUUUACCCAUAAAUCUCGCAUAUUGCAUAUUUCCUGUACCCAAUUUCCCAACUUACUUUCCGAGGAAGAUAAGUAAAGAACUGCCAAUAAAUAUAUUUAUAUCCACUAUUUAUGUAUGGAAAUGAAAGCUAUUAAAAAAAAAAAAGGAAAAUGGGUACAUGUUAUUAAGGUAUUGUUAAUUUCUUAAGAUUGUGUAUAUUUUCCCCAUGAAGUAAUGAGAAGCAUGUCAGUAAGUGCUAUGAGUUGUGUACUAGGAUGAACUAGCUAUGUUAUUGUGGAAGUAGGCGGUUACAAUUUAUUCUUAAAUUUCUUUUAUUCAUAAUUAUGACUGGAAUUGGAAAUUAUUUUUAUUUAUAAGUCAUUUUUCAGAUAUAUGGAAGUAACUGGGAUUUGAUUUUGAUUGACAAUAUAUGAGUGAACGUGAUUGGGUUGUCAGAUAAUGAUUAACAUAUAUACCGUAUAUAUCCAACCCAUACCUAUUAUAUAU